UUUCACUUCUCUCAUUCACCACUGCCUGCACUUUCUCAUCUUUAGAAUUCACAACUAGUUUCCAAUGGCACCCAAAGCCGAGAAGAAACCAGCCGAGAAAAAGCCAGCUGAGGAGAAAAAGGCCGACAAGGCCCCAGCUGAGAAAAAACCAAGAGCCGAGAAGAAGCUCCCUAAAGAAGCCGGGGACAAGAAGAAGAAGCGAAGCAAGAAGAGCAUCGAAACCUACAAGAUCUACAUCUUCAAGGUGCUGAAGCAAGUCCACCCUGAUAUCGGCAUUUCCAGCAAAGCCAUGGGUAUUAUGAACAGCUUCAUCAACGACAUCUUCGAGAAGCUGGCUCAAGAAUCUUCGAGGCUUGCACGCUAUAACAAGAAGCCCACCAUCACCUCCCGUGAGAUCCAGACUGCCGUAAGAUUGGUCCUGCCUGGGGAGUUGGCCAAGCACGCUGUUUCCGAAGGGACUAAGGCUGUUACUAAGUUCACCAGUUCUUAGUUUCCAUCCAUCAGUCUAAAAUGUCAAAGAAUUGUAUUUUUGUAUAAUUUAUUUUAUUUGAGUUUAAUAUAUAUUUCUCAUGCCUUUGUGAUGAUUAGAAAAGGUUGGUCUCAAAGAAAUGAAAGGUGGAUUUUAUUAUUAAUAUUAAAAAUCAUUUGGGCC